AUGGAGUCGUCUAUGAAGUCGAUCAAACCAUCACUAGUUAAAAAAAGAAACAAUGCUCAAGAUGUGAGUAAAUCCUGGUGGAGAAUAAAGCCCUUUUUGGCUCUCAUAUGUACAGCGCUUUUGAUCUUUUGGUAUAAGACCACACAUAUUCAAUUUGAAGAUACAGAUCUAGAAGAAGCAGUUUAUCCAUUUGACAUGGCAAAGGAAUCAGAACCAGUCGAUGAUAAGUUAAAAGGCUUGCCACGUGGUAUCAUACAGCCUAGAUCAGACCUCGAGCUGAAGCCUCUCUGGUCUACUAGUAGUUUGAGGUCAAAGGGUGUAGAAAUGACUAACCGUAACUUGUUGGCGAUACCCGUAGGAAUUAAGCAAAAGGGUAAUGUUGACACUAUUGUAAAGAAGUUUCUUCCAGCGAAUUUCACGGUUGUUCUGUUCCAUUACGAUGGUAAUAUGGAUCAAUGGUGGGAUCUGGAAUGGAGUUCGAAGGCCAUACAUAUAGUUGCACAGGACCAGACUAAAUGGUGGUUUGCAAAACGAUUUCUCCAUCCUGAUGUUGUAUUCAUUUAUGAUUAUAUAUUUAUUUGGGAUGAGGACCUUGGAGUUGAGAAUUUCACACCAAAGAGGUAUUUGGAGAUAGUUAAAUCAGAGGGACUGGAGAUAUCGCAACCGGCUUUGGACUCAAACUCGAGUGGAAUCCACCACAAAAUCACAGUCCGUUCUAGCACAAUGAUAUUUCAUAGGAGGGUUUACAUUAGUAGAGGCCAUAGAGUUUGUUCUGAUGCAAGCCAGGAUCCUCCUUGCACAGGAUUUGUUGAAGGAAUGGCUCCUGUGUUUUCAAGAGCUGCUUGGUUCUGCACUUGGAAUCUUAUACAGAAUGAUCUGGUUCAUGGAUGGGGAAUGGAUAUGAAACUAGGGCAUUGUGCACAGGGAGACAGAACGAAGAAUGUAGGGAUCGUGGAUAGUGAGUAUAUAUUUCAUCAAGGCAUUCAAACUUUAGGUGAAAGUGGACACUCUGAGAAGAAGAGACAUGGCCAUGAUUCGAGAACCUCGAUAAGGAGGCAAUCAACAUGGGAGCUUCAAAUUUUUGAAGAACGCUGGAACAAAUCGGUGGAACAAGACAAGAACUGGAUCGAUCCAUCGUCAUCGAAGCUGAAGAAUAACGGUAAUAACAGAAGAUUAAGGCGUGGUAAGAGAAUUCAAGAGACAGAAACAACAGCAUAAAAAAAAAAGAAACAACAGCAUAAACACAUAAAAAAGGAUUUUUAUACAC